AUGAAAACAAAAUUUCCUUUUACAACCGAAACUAAACAGUCCAAGUCCCCAAUUGAAAUUGUCCAAAAACUGGAUGUUGAAUUAAUUCCCUUAGAGUUAAAACUCUGCGCCUGGGCAAAAGUAUUUGGAGGAAUCAUCUUUGAGAAGUGUUUUUGGAGUUGGAGUUGCUCUCCUAUCAAGUGGAAUAUUUUCACAAAAAGAAAGUUUGGUAAGACAGGUACACCACCAAAAUUUGACAGAGAAUGUCAAGUUAAACAACUUUCCGGUCGACAUGUCACAGAUACAGCUUUCCACCUGGAGGCAUACGCACAAGAUGAUGGAAGCGAUCUAAAAUUAUCUUAUGCCAUUGGAACAUAUAUAGGAGGAACUGAUGUGUUGAAUUGGCAAAGUUUUCAGGGCACAAGUCUGGUGUCACCUGCAAGACUUAUAAAUGGAGUCCCUCUUUACUGGACGGUCAAAGCCAAAAACACUGAAGGAUUAGAAACCGUUGCGAAAUGCAGUUUGCAAACAUACGAUAAUACAAAUCCUGAUGGUCGCAUAGAGGCAGCAUAUCCCUUUACAUCUCAUCCCAGUUCUCUCCAGGCCGAUGUUAUAAUUCUAGAUGAUUCACCACUUAUAGAUUAUAAUGUGAAAGCAUUGGGAUCUAAAAAUUUCUCAAAAGGAAGAGAGGGUAAGUUAUCAGCAAAAGCUCUGAAGAAAACUGUCGAAAACAAUGAAAUCUCGUGUGCAACAACUUGUUUGAAAUAUGGCACCAUUAUAGAUUUCACGCCUCCUGAACCAGGAAAUCUUGGAUUAAAAAUUCUAGAUACUAUAAAGCCCGAUGGUUGUAAUGCUGCUAUUACGCAACGAUGUAAAGAUGUUACCUGGAAAGAGAACCAUAGGCUUAUUAUAGAUGGUGUUGGCAGUCGAACCGUUUUUAAUGGUCACCACCCAGCAGUGGAACAGAAAUAUACAAUUUCUAAUCAUUAUAUAUCAGCAAACUGGGACGGGUUCAAAGACAGGGAGAGUGGGAUAUUUGGCUUUACUUGGGCUGCUGGAAGAAAGCCAUGUGGAACCGAUAUUGUUAAGUAUAAUGACCCUCACGCGACUCUCUCAAGUCCAAAGUUUUGGACCAACACCGGAGUUAAAAAUAAUUUACAUUUGGAAGAUGGGAAAUACUACGUAACUGUACAAGCUUUAAACAAUGUCAUAUAUGGUGGGUCCCUCGUAACUACAGUUUGUCAUUCUACACCGCUAAUCAUUGAUACUUCCCCUCCAAUCUUUCACCAAGUUCCAGAUGUAAUGUUUGACGAAGAUUUCGACAUCUUGGCCGUUUAUUAUAACGUGUCGGAUGACGGAUCGGGUAUUAACAGAAUAGAUUUUGGACUAGGGAAAUCUAAACACGACAUUGAAGUGCGUGGAUACGUCAGAAGAAAUCACAUGAACAGAUUUGAUCCAUAUUUUGUGGUGGAAAACUUGGAUUUAAAACCCGGAGUUCCGGCUUGGAUAAGAGUUAGAGCAGUUAAUAAUGUUGAUCAAUUUGCUUCUGGGCAUGCGCCACAGCCAAUCAUGGUGGAUAAAACUCCGCCUAUUGUUGGAGUAGUUAGUGAUGGAAACAAACUACGACGUGAUCUUCAAUAUCAGCACGAAACUAACAAAAUUUGUGCGCAAUGGGCUCAUUUUUAUGAUCCUGAAUCUGGAAUCAAAGAGUUUAUCUGGGGCGUUGGCAGCAUUCCGGAACAGGAUGAUAUAGUUAAAUUUAGAAAUUUUAGUCACCACACAAAAAUGGGAUGUGCAGAAGCAAUCUUGAAGCACAACAAAACCUACUAUUCUACUGUGAUUGCAUUUAAUGAUGCUCUUAAUUCCAAGAAAUCAAACGGAUCCUCAGACGGAGUUUUAAUUGAUAUAACACCGCCUAAUCCUGGAUUUGUAAACGAUGGCAUUGAUCUUACUUUCGACAAAAAUUUUACAUCCGAGUCGGCAACUGUACGCGCAUGUUGGGAUAAUUUCACCGAUCUAGAAAGCCACAUAGCAGAUUACAAAGUGAACAUCUAUGUCAAUAAAGAGUUGAAAAAAUCGUUUAAUAUGGAGCAGGAAAAAAUAUUCGAAGAUCAUUCUUUUUCCCUUCAUCAUCUUGAUUUUGUCUCUGUUGAAAUUGAAACAAAAAACGGCGCAGAACUAAAAUCAUUGAAAUCUUCUGAUGGGGUUUUAGUUGAUCAUACACCGCCCAAUGUCCUCCUUAUAAAUGACUGUCUGUCUGGCAACGGAUACCAGGCUGACGAUAAACAUAUCUCUCUGCGUUGGAAAUUCGAAGACCAGGAGUCAGACGUUAAAGAAUACAGAGUUGUUAUAAACCGUUUGGAAGCCGGACAGAAAUUAAAGAUAUGGCCAGAAAAUACGGAUUAUCACGUUCAUGAUAGGAGUUCCAAAGGAUUUGAAAGAUACAAUAUAUCCCUCUCUUUGACAUCUGGUUAUAAAUAUUUUGCGCAUAUCACAGCCAUAAACAAAGCCGACCUCUCUACAACGCACGAAUCCAGUGGUGUUGUGAUUGACAUAACACCACCAACACUUAUCAAAGUUCACAUCGGUGAAAUUAAAGAGGAAGAGGAGCUUGAUGAAAACGGAUAUAUUUUGCACGAUUCUCCUUCAAGCAUGACCAUAAGCUGGAAAGCUCGUGAUUUUGAAAGUAACCUGGAGAAGAUUUUUGUUGCCAUUGGGACUGAAAGUAACAUCGAAGAAGAACUCCCUUGGUUCACCAUUGAUGGUGAAAAAACCUCUGCUCUGAUUGAAAAUUUAAACAUGGUACCAACCUCAAAAUCAAACAAAACUUAUAUCGUUUCAGUCAAAGUCAAAAAUCGUGCAGGACUUGUUUCAAAGAUUUUGAAAUCUAAGCCAAUAUAUGUUCAAAGAGAAAAUGUCCCCGGUAUAAUUUUCGACGGUAGAAAUCUUUUGAAAGACGAAGAUUACCAAACAGAUAAAACAUCUAUAGCGAUGUCCUUCAUUGGAUUUGAAAGCGAGGCUUGUAAUAUUAUAGGCUACAACUGGGCUGUAGGUUCCAAGCCAUAUUUCACUGAUAUUCUUCCAUAUACAGAGUAUGGAAUUAUCAUGAGAAACAAAACUGUUGGCCAUGCCCAAAUACAUCUGAAGCUCUUUGAAGCUGAAAGAUACUUUGUUACUGUAAGGGCAAAAACAGGACAUAAUUGCCGCGAGUCAUACAUCGUUUCCACUUCAAAUGGAAUAAAAAUUGACACCCGUCCUCCCAAAAUUUCAUUUAUCCACAAAACCAAACCUACAUCACUCAAUACAGCGAUAUUUCAAAAAUCUCUCGACUCCAUUGAUCUUACGUGGGAAGUAAAUGACCUGUCAUUUAUCGCAAACCAGUCAGUAUCUCUGCGAAAAGAGCCAUUUUCCGAAGACCUCUGGCAUUCAAGUGACAGAGUUCUUACGUCUUUGCCUGCUGGAAGUGUCCAACUGGAGACGGGACAGGUUUUGUUUCUAACAAUUAACUCCACAGAUAGUGCAGGGCUGAGCAAUUCUGAUAUUUCUCCCCCGAUAAUGAUAGAUAGCACAAUACCGUCUAUUGUCGAUUUUAAAUGCACGCCAGUGAUAUCUGUUGCAAUGUCUCUUGUCAAGUGUUCUUGGCUCACGCUGAUAGAAAAUGAGAGUAAAAUAUCAAACGUGCAACUUGCAGUCGGAACUCAUCAUCUGAAAUAUAACAUUAUGAAUUUUACUACCAUUCCAAAGUUUAGAUACACGUGGAUUCGAGAUCUUAAAACAAUCUUAAAAGACCGUGAAAUUUCAAAGGUCUACAUUACAAUAAAAAUUUGCAACAUCUUGGGUAGUUUUCUUAGAUUAGAAUUCCCAGUUGAUGUUGACAGAACUGAGCCAGAAGGGGGUGACAUUUAUUUUGUAACGUCAACAAAACUAGGAAAUUUGAGAAAGCAAGAAUGCCAGCAACCUGAAUCCUUUGCAGAAAUAGCUCUUCAAAAUUUUAAAGAUCAAGAAACUGCGUUGGAUAAAAUUCAAGUAGGACUCGGGACAUCACCUGGAAUCACGAACAUAAUGGAUUAUACUUCAGAACCCUACAGCAAUUAUACGUUUUUAAAUGGCGUAGUUUUACCAGUCGGGAAAAUGGUAUAUGCGACAGUAAGAGUGUUUAAUAGUGUUGGACUUUUUAAAGCAGUUGUCUCUGACCCGGUUGCAAUAAGUCCAAACCCUUCAUUGUCAGUGAUUGAUGGAUAUAGCCCGAUUUAUGAUGAAGAUUUUCAGCAUCGAACUUCGGAAAUGAGCGGAAAUUGGAUUUAUUCAGACUUGUGCCGAGUAGUGAAAGCUGAAUGGGCUAUUGAAGACAUUGAGGGCAAUGUCGUUCAGAAUUUCACAAAUAUCCCGGGAGCAAGCACUCAUUUCUUUAAUGAUGAACUUCUCUUACGAAAUGGAAAAACGUAUAUUAAUUUAAUUCGCAUAACUGAUGCUCUUCAAAGAACUUUUCUGUCACGAUCAGAUGGAAUAGCUGUUCGAAUACAACCACCGGAUCCUGGAUUCGUUCGCGAUGGACUAAGUGAUGAUCUAGAUUACCAGGCAUCAUUUUCGGAAAUAUCAGCAAACUGGGAUAAAUUUGGAAACGACAUGAGAAAGGAUCCUACCCAAACAAUAGUAAAGUACAUGGUGGCCAUUGGUAAUGAUCGAAGAUACAGUAAUACAAGGAGUAAUGUUCAUACUUUCGUUGACGUAGGUUUGAAUAGAACACACACAUUUACCAACCUAAAUUUGACUGAGAAAACAGUUACUUAUUACGUAUCAGUAAAGGCUAUCAGUCAAACUGGAAGUGAACAGGAAUCUACAUCUGAUGGAGUGAGGGUUGGUUUCAGAAACGGAAUUACACCGGGAAAAAUACAUUAUGAUCGUUUUCAAGCAAUGACAGAUAAAAUAAAUGUAUUUUGGAGUAGUUUUGGUUCAGAUCUUGGCAUAAGACAAUAUUACGUGGCUGUUGGGUCUUCUAAACCUUUCAUAAAUAAUGAAACAUCUAACUGCUCUGCAUUAGGUGAUGCAUAUGCAAGACAUUUUGAUGUACUCUUGCCUAAGAGUUGCGGAUUAGAUACGUAUGUAACAAUAGAAAAUUUGCAGCUUCGGCAUGGGUCAGAAUAUUUCAUUACAGUUAUUGCUAAAGAUGAAUCUGCAUUAUGUUCCGUGGUGUCUGGAGAUUCGUUAACAAUUGAUACUACUCCUCCGUUACAAAGAAAACUUUUCAUUGGAUCCUUCCAAGAGACGUCUGUCAUUUACGUUCAUGAUAAUACUAGCCUAGAGGUACACUGGGAAGACGGAUUAGAUAACGAAAGUGGAAUAAAAAUGUAUAUUUUAACUUUGUAUUCAAAGCCUCAAUGUACAUCUGUAGAGGAAACCAUUAUCAUAAGAACAGAAAUUAAAAAUGAAACAAACUAUAGAAUUUAUCAAUUGAACCUCCAGAGUGAUGUCCCCUACUUUGUUCGAUUAAAGGUUGUAAAUCGAGCAGGGUUAAGUACUAUAAUAACCAGUGUACCUAUAUAUGUUGACAUGACGAAACCCUUGCUUGGAGAUAUAAAACCAGGAUUAGACUGGACUGGAUCAAAGCCAUUUCAAUUCUCCCAAUCAGAAAUUCAAGCUGUCCUUGCAGUUGCGAAAACAAAACGUGUUUAUGAAUGUCCUCGACAGCAAAAGUUUCCUUUCAGUGCAUUUAGCUCAAUUUCAAAUUUUUCCUCAGAAUGUACAGAUAUAAGCUUGGAACAUCUUGAGAUUGCUAUUCGACACGACGAUACGUUGCAAAAAAUUAUAAAAGGGGGAGUUCGUUCAGAUUCACUAGAUAUUAAAACUGGUGUGUAUUCAUAUAGAGUUAACCCCUUACCUGGUCAGAACAUGAGCACAAUUAUUGGUCUUUCUUCUGAUCUUCUCCAUAUCCCUUUACAUUUUACAGAACGGAUUAAUAUCGAUUCAAAUUCCUCAACCAGCACCGCCACCAGAUCACCCAAUGUAUAUUCAAUAGGAAUUGCAAUUCGAGGAUAUCCGAAUGCCCGCAUUCGAGAAAUUGUCCUUUGGGCUAUGGAUAGAUAUGAGAUUCAUACUAGAGUAUUGAAUUUUGAAAAAGAAAACAGUUUUGUCGACAUCGACUUCGAAUUGGAAAGCAUAUCUGAUCAAGGCGGACAUGAAGUUAAAUGGAACGUAAAAUAUUUCAUUGAUCAACAGGAACUAGUGCAGUUUACUGGCCUUGUAUUUCAAAAAAGCUGGUCCAUGUUUUUACUAACAAAUAAUAAUGAUGGUUUUUUUCCUCCAAUAACUGAUGUAUUUCAUCCAUUUUAUGGUGUCUCCAGGUUUACGAACAUUCAGGUGCCCUUAGAUAUUGACCAUGAUUGCCAACAUGGGAAGUCGUUCUUCGAUGGAGAAAGUCAUAUCAAAGAAAUUUGGGCAGGCAUAUCGGAUAGCAUCAGUAGAACGGACAAUAUCAAACCUUUUCAGUUGGUGAUGGAAAUUUGUCAGCCUUGCAUUGAAAUUUGCCCUCAUCUAUGCGACAAAAAUUGUUCUGCAGAAGAACAAUUUCAAAUUAUUCCAAUUCAGAUAACCAAUUUAACACUGCUAUCAGCAUCAGUUGCAAAUGAAGGAGUACACAACAGAAUGUUUGAUACAAGCAACGGGAAUAGUGCUUUUGAUUCAUAUGAAAGUCCUGCAUACUUCGUAAAUGCUAUAAUAAUAAACCGGGCCGGUCUUGAGGUUCUUGUCCAUAGCCCUGCUAUAACUAUUGACACUACAGCACCAGAAUUCGUAAAGAUGAAGUGUGUGGAUCCUGACCAUUCUAUGACAGAGCCCGCUAAUUAUCAAAAAAGUUUGAGAAGUUUAGGGGCAUUUUGGGAAUGUAACGAAGAUGUCAGUCAAAUAAUCAGAUAUGUAAUCUCUGUUGGGGUAUCAGUAAAUGACACUAGUGUUCUCAACGAAACGAACAUCGGCCUAAAUACAACUUUUCGAGUUGACAAUCUCGAAGGAAUACUUCAGAACUUUACUACUUACUUCAUAGCAGUACAUGCAUAUAACUCGGGGGGUUUACAUGCGAAAGAGUUCUGCAAUGUUACCAUUGAUUUACGUGCACCGGAUAUAUCAAAGACAGACACAGCUGUCCUGUUCAAAAGUUCAUCAAUCAUCAAUGCACCUCGAAAUGUAACAUAUCUAUCGUCUCAGAACAAUAUUGGUGUGCAAUGGAAUCCCCAUACAACUGACGCUGAAUUUUAUGAGUGGCAGAUUGGUUCUCACGAUGGAGAAGGAGAUCUUCUAGAAAAAGUGAAAGUUGGAAAUAGCAGAUCGCGCUCAGUUGCUAUUGUGAAUGGGAGAAUGUGGUUGGAUAACCAGAAGACUAACACAACUCUCGCAAAAUUUGUUCUGAAAACAUGGGACAAUAAAUCUAUAGCUGAAGCAAAAAAGAAUGCCUUCUAUAACAUUGAACCUGGAAAAUGUGUUCACAUGGGACUGUUUGCCGUAAGCAGAUCUCACUUGUCAAGCCAAUUGCCGCUAGAUGCAAAUUGUUAUAUACGACCAGCUGACCACUUAGUCUCAUUUCAUAGCAGAAAGAUUCACACAGUGCAUUUGACUAAUGAUAGAUUUGUAGAUGAUGCACAUCACAACACAAUGAACAGCAAUCUGACAAUAAAAUUACAAGGCAACAAAGGGGACAUAUCUUUUGGAGUACUAACUAGAAACGACACCAGAAUGAAUUAUGGUUCUGCUAGUGGGCCCAAUUAUAAACCGUAUAUUGUAGAUCCGAUUAUUACUACUUCUCAAACAUCCAGGACACUACAAAGAAGAAUUUUGAAGUUUUCUGACUUAUCCUUCUUCAUGUCACCAAACAGCGAGGCAGUUAUCAAUCGCUGGAUAGACUUUACUUUGACUGUCAACAAAUCCGACUUGAUGGAGUCUACACAACCUACGCUGGUCAUAUGGAAUAGAGCUAAAGAAGAAUGGCAAAUGUUCGAUGACCAUUGUAAACAAGAUAUCGAAAUCAAUCACGAACAGGGCACAUUAAAAGGAAAAAUUUGCAUAAAUGAUCCUGACCAUGAAAGAAUCAAAAGGCAAACAUUCCAGAUGGUUACCCUCACAGAACCACGCCAAUAUGCACUGGUGAUUAUCAAGAAAGAACUCCAAAACUCAUCGCCUAUCAUAAAAAAGACCGAAAAGACAAUCCAUGAGGACGGAUUUCUUCAUUAUAACAUUGAAUGGGAGGACAGCGAGAAUGAUAACAUCACUUUUAAUUUGAUAGGUGGUCCUUUUCACGGAAUUGCCAAUAUCACUGAAAAUGGAACGAUAGAUUAUCAACCAAAUCCAAAUUUUUUUGGGAAGGACACAAUACAUAUUGGCAUCACAGAAACCAUUUCAGAGUACUCGCAAGAAUUAGUGAAUCAAUUUAAUUUAACAUUUGAUAUUUUGAUAGAAAAUGUUAAUGAUGGCCCGUCAAUGUUCUUUGGCACUUCAUCCAACAAAACAUUUGACUCAAAGUCACAGAACAAGAUUGAUGUGAUAGUUGAAGCCAAUAAUGCCGAAUAUUUUAUAGGAUCCUUCGUUGCUUUCGAUAUUGACCAGAACGAUUCCUUAACGUAUCAAGUUUAUAGCAAUGGAUCUAAUAAUAUGCUUUUUGAUCUACAAGAAACAGACAGUCCGAAUCCUUUCUUGUUAGACUUCCUCACCAACUCCACAGCUCCUCCAACCGUAGUGAAAUCAUUUGACCUGUACCUUAAACUAAAUGUCUUAGCAUACGGAUAUGUAGAAUAUGGACUUUUGGUGUACGAUUCUGUCAAAUGGUACAGUAAGGCCGUAUGGUUUCAAAUUUUUGUUUUACAAAAUCCAUGCGUCCAUGGCAGUUGCGAGCGAAUAAAUCCAAACGGACCUGAUUGCAAUGACAAGAUACGAUCCGCUUCGUUUGAGAAAUUUAAAUGUAUUUGUGACAAAGGAUAUGAGGGCCAGUUUUGUGGAAAUGAAAUCAACGAAUGUAUUCCAAACCCGUGUCCUUUAAUGUAUGACUGUCUGGAUAAAUUAGCCGGUUACACAUGCGCAAUUAACCCAGCAAAACUUGUGGCUAUUUUGAUAUGCAUAUGCAUUGCCUUUUUGCUAAUCAUUAUUGUGUAUCGAAAGAAAAAGCAAGCGAAAAAGAGAAUGAAAGUAUCCGAUUUUUGGCAAGCAAACCAAAUGGCAGGUCCAUCUAGAACAUUCCCCGCUGAGAGGAUUCAACAAGAACCAGACACCGAUGAGGAAGAUCAGCCUCUUCCUCAGAAGAAACCGAAUCAAUCAGGAGACGAACACCUUGGGGAAGCUAUCAACAUUUUGGAGGUGACGAGUAUGUUUGCUUCAAGAUCCGAGAAGAUACAUCCUCCCCACCACGUAGGAAGAAUACGAAACCAGGACUGCAAACCCGAGACUGGCUCUCCCAAAAAGCCUUCCAUACAUUCCAAAGAUGGCGGUGUUCCAAAGGUUAAUAUAUAGCUAUAGCUGACAUUCUUCCAUUGAUGCUAUUACGUACUUGACGAGUAGUAUUUUAAUUCAUUGUUUUAAUUAAACUAGAAAAUGAUUAAAUUUUCUCCAGCAUAAAACAGGAUUUAAAUACUUUGAAAUAAAAAAAAAAGCAUUUUGAACAGCCUGAUUGUCAUACCUUUCAUUUUAUGUAGAUGACUUGAUUUGUCAAAUAU